CAUAUAAAUUCAUUAAUCAGAAAUUAAAUUCUUUUAUUACGUAGAUCAAACCCUGAAUCCUAAUUUCACUUAGGUUGAGAUUGAUUUCUAAGCACUCCGAUUCCGAAUCCAAUGGCUAUGAAUGCUCCCUCUUCCGUCGCCGCUUCUGUUUCUCCACCGUCUCAACCGUGGAGCCAGAUUGUCGCCUCCGCUGCACCUCAUUCCUCCCCUUCUCCGCCUCCUUCCGCCAUCGUUGUCGUUGACACUCCCUCCGUCACUCCGGCGGUGGAAAACAUCGACAAUGAUUCCGGUGAAAACAAUGCCAAUAUUGGCCAGAGGAUUGUUUGGAACAAACCCUCCAAUGCUGCUUCUUCCUCGGUCAUGGAUGCUGAAUCAUGGCCUGCCUUAUCUGAAUCCGCCAAAGCUCCGGCGAAAUCACCACCGCCGCCAUCACAAGAAGUGGGGGAAACUUCCUUGGGUGCAUCAACCUUGCCUCAAUUGCAGGGUACUGGAACCAUGCUCCCCUUUCCACGUGACCGAGAUAGGGAUACUGCAAGCAUGAACCAUAGACCUCCAAUGCCAAUUCAUCCGAGGCCUUAUAGGCAUCUGAAUCCGAACGUGACUUCCAAUGGAGGCCACCCGCCUCAAGGUUCCAUUGCUGUCCCACCAGGUUCUCACAACCAUAACCCUGGUCCAAAUUUUUAUCCACCGAGGACUGGAUUUGUGCCUAAUGAUCAACCACAUCACCGAAAUUCAUUCAGGUACCGUAGUGGUGGUCAGCAUCAACGUGGACGUGGAGAUGGUUUUCAUCAUCAAAACUAUGGGAACAGGCGUGACCAAGUCCGUGGAAAUCCGGACUGGAAUGCUCACCAAAGAAAUUUUAACGCCAAUUAUAGGUCUCCAAGAUUUGUUCCACCGUUUGUAAGGCCUCCACCGCCUGCUAAUACUGCUCCAUAUUAUGUUCCACCACCACCACAACCAGUAUGGCCUUUUGGCGGCUCAUAUGGAUAUCAGGAACCACCGCCUCAAGUAGUAUAUAGACCAUCUAUGCCCAUGGAGCCGUUAGGAGUUGUUCCGUUUGUGCCAUCGAUACCACCUAAUGCAAUGACUUAUCAACCUUUUGAUCCCAAAUUGUAUACUAAGAUUGUCAACCAAAUUGACUACUACUUCAGUGAUCAGAAUUUAAUCAAAGAUGUUUACUUGAAAGGAAUAAUGGACGAACAGGGCUGGGUUCCUUUAAACUUAAUAGCAGGCUUCAAACUAGUCGCGCUUUUGACUGACAAUAUUCAGAUUGUAUUUGAUGCUGUUCGGAAUUCAUCUGUGGUUGAAAUGCAGGGUGGCAAAAUAAGGAGGCGACAUGGUUGGUGGAAAUGGAUCACGCCUUCUACUCCAUCUGAAAAUGUUACAGGCUCUGAAGCGGUUGGAGAGCUAGCAAAUAGAGUCCAAAAUAUUGAUCUGGAAACAACUGAAAACCUAGAUCACUCAGCAUCUGCACAAAAUUAGACGGGUGCAGAUGCUCCUUAAAACCACUGAUGGAGGAUAUUCUUUGGAGGGAGGCAGGAAGCGGGAUCUAACAUGUUCUGAAUUAUUUCAUACAACAAGGUGGGACAUGAUUUCUCAAGAGGUAAAUAUGUGAUUGAGAAACGGAGAGAAGGUAUUUUCCCCUAUUUACACUUUUGGUCCGAUUAUUUUCACUGAUUCACACAGUUCUAGUCCCCUGUUUUUAAACUUGAAAAUAUAGUCAUCCAGUUUUUAAUCUUAUUUUAUUUUUCAUAUCAUUGAAGUAUUAUUUUAUUUAAUAGAAAAAUUAAAAAUAAGAGAACCUAGUAAAAAUAUUUUUUUUUCUUCUUUUCCUUACUCUAAUGCUUCUUCUGACUUUGUUUUUUCCUUUAUAUUUUUGAACUGAUUUUAGCAUAUAGAAAAAUUUUCAAAAAAUCUGCAUUAUCACAUCAACUAAUGAUUUGUUAGCUUAUUGUUCAACUUAACAUGUCAAAAUUACAUUGUUAAAAAUUUUCAGAAAUUUUUAAAAUUAGGGGACUAUGGGUAAAGAUUUAAAAUUCCGGGGACAAAAAUUGUGAAUCAUAUGGACUAAAAGUUUAUUGAAGUCAGUUGUUACAAAAGAAAAAGGCCAAUCGGUGAAAACAGGCACACCAGAAAAUGCGCAUGUUAUGGAGCUAGUAGCAUGACUGGUAUUUGUACGCGGUGCAAGGUUCCUCUCCCCUCAGCUGCUUUAUCUUUGGGGCCAUCUUCUCACCAGCUCCGGAGUUUUAUGUGAGAUUCUAAUGGGUGCGGAGUUGAAUUAGUUUGAUGUAUCUACUGGUUCAUUAAAUGAAGGAGAAAGAUGGAAUGGGAUUUCUGCAGACGGAGCUUGUCCUGCAACUGCUUUAUAUAAUGAGCACAUCAUAUUUGAAUGACUUCAUAGUUCAUAUAUGUACUUUUGUCCAUUAGACUUCUGAAACUGAAUGGAACUUGAACUUAACUCCUGUUUUACAUAUUUUACUGUUGAUGUAAUUAGUUUAAUCCAUUCUUUUUUUGUUCCAUCUUUAUAGUUAUGUGCUUCCUAAUGGAGCAUCUUGUAGUUUUGUUCCAUCCUAUAGUUAAUGCCUAUUUUAUGAAGCACUAUUACAAAAUGGAUAUAUGGUCUAAAUUGUGAGGAUCAAGCGAGCAAUCUUAACUGCUUCAUAUCUAUUAGUAUAUGCCUAUCAAUUUGUUCACUUGAUCACACAAUUUUAAACCAUGCA